AUUAUCGUCCUUUAUCUUACGAGAGUGAUAGCCGAUAUCCUCAUGUCGAAAGAGCAGUGGCGGGAGAGGAUCAUGUUGACUUUGUUUAUCAAUUUGUAAAGGAUACUCAUAUAGAUGAGUGUAACUUUAACCAUUAUAAUUAUAUUGAUUUCAAGUUUCAUAAAGCUGUAUAUCCAAUCCGAGUCUCUAUAUAUGAUGUAUAUAAUCUGGGAUAUGUAACUCAAAUUUUGGCUCAAGAUCCUGAAAAUCGGUGGUUUCUAUUAUGGACUGGACAGCCUUGGAUUGUACCUUCGACAUCACAAUUAUUGUCUCCACCUUUACGGUCUUAUAACUUUAAAACCAAAAUACUCAGAUUAAAAUUUAGGUACAAAUUAUGGAGCUUUAACACGCUGCGAGAUGCUGUAAUGCUUAUUGGUACAUCAAAAUUGAUCCUUCCUAAAAAUCCGAAACAAAGUUUAACUACUCUGUUAAAGAGCAUUAAAUGCAAGUAUACUUGCCAUUGGAACAUCUACAAUUUAACACCUGAUUAUAAAAAUGCACACUUGGAUAUAUUCGAUCUUCAAAAGAACUUUACUGAAUAUUGCAUUAUUUAUAAAAGCGAUACAGCAACAAGUUUUGACAAGAACAAUCUCAGUCGCAAAAAAGUAUUUCAGAAGGAAAAUGUGCCAUCUUCUAAGCAGAGAUAUAUGAAUCGUCAUUUAUUAAGAGAUCAUUCGAAUUAUAAGAAAGUUUAUAAAAAUAAAAAGUUUAUGAAAGAUAUCAAACUCUCUUUGGAUAAAUCCAAAGAGCAACCAUUUUGCAGUUUUUCUACACUUCCUGAUGAAAUAAUAUUAAAAAUAUUACAAAACUUAGAUAUAAAGUCGCUCUACUAUGUGAGCAGAGUAAAUAAGUACCUCAAUCGUUUAACACAGGAUUCUUUUCUCUUUACACAUUUGAAUUUACGAAAUAUGCGCUUUACGGAUUGCUUUUUUAUUUAUAAUAUUAUAGUUUUCUUUGCCAGAUGUGAAUCCAGACGUAAAUAUUUGCAACAGUUGGAUCUUACAUCAAGCAACAUUUCUGUUUUGCAUUUCGUAAAAUUUAUUAACAUUUUUGACAGGCGUUUAACGCACUUACGAUUAAGUAGCUGUCGAUUCGUUAAUGAUUUUGCCCUAUUUAAAAUUUCAAAGAUCUGCAAAAAUUUGAAAGUAUUGGAUCUCAGUCAUUGUUAUCAGAAUGAUAUAACGGCCAAAGGAUUUUCGUAUCUCGAAAAUCUUGAAUUUCUAGAGGAUUUAGACCUUAGUUGGACAAAGAUAACAGCUAAACCUCUAUGCAAAAUACUGCAAAAGAAUCGCCGGAUGCGUAAUUUACAUUUGAACGGCGUUAUAUCUAGUUCUGCGCCACUAUAUGUAGAAGCAGUUGUAAUACAGUUGAAAAAUUCGUGCCCUGGCUUGGAAAUAAUAGAUUUAACGGGCGGUGUCGCUACAUCGCGAAGUAUUGAUGCCCUCACCGAGUGCAAAAAUUUACGAAAAUUAAACAUUGGAGUGAUGUGCGAUGACCAUAGGUACCCAAUCGAUAAGCAUAGCGUGCAUAGAUUGUUUUCCUCCUGUCAAAGCUUGGAAGAAAUCAAUUCGAUAUGUCGCACUGAAUGGGGAUAUUAACAAAAAUGGUGAAGAACUAACGCGUAAAAACUUGACAAGUAUAUACUUGUGGCAUAUAUUAUACAGUUUCGCAAUUCGAUCUCGAGCAGUGUCCUCAGUCCUAAACUGCAAACGAUCUAUAAAUAUA